GUAUCGUCAACUUCGUGAAGGUUGAUGGGAUUGCAUGGCUGUCGUCCGCCAUGAUGGUCUUCGAAAAUUUUCUUCUGUACCUUCGAGUAAACGUGCUAUUAUGCUCUCUUCAUGGAGGUGAGACACCCAACUUCACCAUGGAAUAAACCUAGAAGCUUCAUUCUUUGGAACUGAACCAUAAAAACCCGUCUAGACGGGUUUUUUGGACUGUUAUUGGCCUUGCAAUCAUCUGGCCUCGUGGUUCUCUCGUACGAGGACUAAGGGCCACUCGGCAAAGAUGAGCAAGCUAUCGUUUCGGGCUCGGGCGCUGGACGCCUCGAAGCCCAUGCCUAUAUACCGGUCGGAAGAAAUACCAGAUCUUCCGGAUUUUGCUGCGAUUAACAGAGCCGUUCCACAAAUGCCAACAGGAAUGGAAAAAGAAGAAGAAUGCGAACACCACCUGCAGCGUGCCAUAUCUGCACAACAAGCCUUUGGCCAUACGGGAGAACUGGUGAUUCCUACGCCGGAAGUGUUCACCAUUGAAGAUGAGCUCUUCGACGAACUUUACCCUCCAAAUUACAAGAUCUCUAGGCAGCUCAUUCACAUGCAACCAUUUGCAAUGGAUCAGGAUAUUCCAGACUAUGAUAUGGACUCUGAAGAUGAAAAAUGGCUCAAUCAGCAGGCAAAGAAAAUGGACAUCAACCACAAUCAGUUCGAAGAGAUGAUGGACAGGUUAGAGAAAGGAAGUGGGCAACAGGUUGUCACAUUACACGAAGCUAAGACAUUACUAAAGGAAGAUGAUGAUCUCAUUAUUGCGGUCUAUGAUUACUGGCUCAACAAGCGGUUACGAACGCAAUGUCCACUAGUACCUCAGGUCAAAACAGAGAAACGCGAUGGCUCAAACACCAACAAUCCUUAUGUUGCCUUCAGGAGAAGAACAGAAAAGAUGCAGACAAGAAAAAACCGGAAAAAUGAUGAGGCUUCGUACGAGAAGAUGCUGAAGCUAAGGAGGGAUCUAAGUCGAGCAGUAACGUUGCUUGAAAUGGUGAAGAGGAGAGAGAAAACAAAACGAGAACACCUACAUCUAACGAUAGAAGUGUUCGAAAAGCGGUACCAAGUUGGAGAUUUCAGUGGCCAGAUCAUGGCAGAAGUCAUGGCAAUGAAGAACUCUCGGCCUAGCUAUAUAUCUGUAAAUAAUAGUCAUGUGUCAAGGCAGGAAGCUAGGAUAUCUAAACAUAGAGUGGAAGAUGGCAUUCCGAGGAAGAAGCGGGAGUAUACCAAACGGAGAAAUAAGGACGUUCCUAGUCUGUGCCACAACCAAGUCGGCUAUCCUCGUUCAGACCUGGAUCUAGCACUCUCAGACGUACCUUCCUCCGAAGACGAGGCUCUUUCUCCGGCCACAUCACCUUCGGACAACGAGGAUGAAAAUGACCCCGAUGGCCCAUUCGCCUUCAGGAGGAAGAAGUACUGCAACUACCACGCUCCACUUCUGGAGAGGCUGGGGAACUAUCCCUGGUGUGGUCCCGAGGAAGGCGGACCUGGGGACAGGAAGUACAGAUACUGCCUCACCACAAUUACAAUGCCACGGCCACAGUGUAUAGGAUUUGCGCGGCGAAGAAUAGGAAGGGGUGGAAGGAUCCUGCUGGACAGGGCAUGGACACCACUGGACGACUACUGGCCCGACCUAGAUGUUUCCCUAUCUCAGUCCAUGCCAAACGGACUUCCUCCUGGCAAUGAAUUCUUGGCGGAGAUCAAGAACGAAUGGUUACACUUCAGGCCCCAGCAAUGCACAGCCGAGUCCUGGACAUCUUCAACAGUGGCACCUCAGGAAGCAUCAAAUACACUACCUCCUCAGACACCUUCGCUUGCUGUCACGGGAACAGAUUUGGAGAGCUUCCAGAACCACCAGGAAGAGUUGUUUGAAAUGCAGCGGAAACAACUGGAAAGGUUAAAAGGAGCCGAGGAGUCUGGGAGUGGUGGCGGAGGGACACCGUCUGUGGACCGUGUGCCAACGCAGCCUGCUUCAAAUUUCACCUUGGACCCAGCAAGUGUUGAGUUUGCCGUCUCAGCUGUGCGAAGUACGACAGAGUUCUCUGGCAUCCUGAGUUCACUGACACCGCAUGCAGACACUUUCUCACAGCCUGGGAAUAUGGUGGCUAAUGGUCCCGAUGGAUUAUUGGGAGCAGUUCGAGGAAAUGACAUUGAGAGGGGCAGCUUGAAGGAGGUUAAGAUGGAGGCCCUGCCUGAGGUGGAGCCAUGCAUCCCGAUGGUGCCGUCCACUGACCUUGGAAGCAAACUCCCAUCUUCACUAGCGGACCUUCGCUUCCCCCUCUUGGAACAGAAUGGACAAGAAGCCAACAAGAACCGUCGUGACUUGGGCUUGCCAAGGGUGAAGCUGGAGCCAGUGACGGGGGACGCAGUAUUACCCGCAGACGUGACCUGAUGUCUUGAGCGCAAGCAUCCGCGACCUGACUAGUGUGUGCCUGGAAGGCACCUGUCCUCCUCAUCCUCCUCCGUAUCCCAGCCAAUCAAGGGCUCAGCAACACUACUGCUCAACCACUUCUUCUUGGAAGGGAGGAUGUUGCCCCGUGUUCCUCAGUACUGGACAAAAAGUAAAUCUGCCUUUGUUCCCACUGCCACCAUGGGAAGAGGCAGAGCAUACGCAAGGUUUUCGAGAUGAUGUCCCCAGUUCGGCUUGAGCGGAAAAACAAAACAAAAAAAAGCAUGGGGCACGAGAUACUAUAAAAAAAAAAUUGUACUAUUGGUGGGAGAAAGGUGCUCUGCGGUUGCCUUUCAGUUGAAGUGUCAAAGAAAACUAACCUUGUUGCACUGCUGGUGUGGUAGGGCACUAGCAAAAAUUCCUUUCAAGUCCUAUGGCAAAGGAAAGUACAGGUGUCUUUGUUUCCGGUGCUUCCCAUUGGCUGUGAUCAUACUGAUGCCUAAAAGAUGUCUCAAAAAAGAUGCCUUCUAGAUAUUUGGCCUGUAACAUUAUUAUCGUGGCUAGGAGGGGUUAUAUUUUGUUACCAGUAUAUUGCAGGAUGUUUUUUGCACCCGUAAGCGUUGGAAGUGAGGUGUUCCAAGUUUUUCGGGUGAGAGUGGCUUGCUGUGAGGACAUGGGGCUUAGUCCUGAAGUCGAAAUUCUCUGACAACUGCGUGGUGCACUUCGCUGUCGGUGCAUAAUGACGGCCUCUUUUGGCUUCGUUCUGUAGCUGUGAUAAUACCUCAAGGGGUGCCCCCUUCAUUCUGUUGUACAUGGUGUGCUUUAUUGUGUGUAUGUACAUUCAAUGGUGUUCUCUAGUUGAUGUGUGCAUGCAUGUGUGGAGGCUCUGAGCCAGAACAAAUUUCUCGGGUGUACAGAUGAAACAGUGUACAGAAAGAAUACAUCACAAUCAUCAUCAGAAUACGUGUGCAGAGCUUGCCUGUUUCUGUCUUUAGUGUUGUAAGUGACUUGGAAAAUCUUUUAGGGUGUACUAUACCAUUGAAUGGGGUAGCAGUGUGCUUGACGCUUUUGUGGUGUAUUGGCAUGGCUAUGCUGGAAGUAGUGCAAUACAGAAUAAUCUGGUAUGAAAAGUAUAGAAGUACGUUUUAAAAAAUGUCACGGAACUACUGAAGGUCAAUACAAACUUUGGUACUAUUGGACAGGCUCACAGGUAAUGGCACUCACAUUGUAGAAAAUAUAUAUUAAAAAUGUAUUAUUGGCCAUGCAUGGUACAGACUAAAUUUAGUUUUGGGAGGGGGGUGUAUUUGUGGGAUGCUCCUGGUAUUUAGAUGGCCAUUUUUAAUACUCUGGAGUGAAAUUUGUAAUUUAAAAUUCAUGUCAGUAGCUGUGGAAGUACAACUUUGGUGGCUGUGCACACUUCAUGAGCUGAUAUCCUAUUUGUAGUUAAGUGGGCAUAUGGCUGUAUAUGUGUACAUAAUCUGGCAACCAACAGAGCUGCGAGUAUGGAGCACUGUUUCACCAAGGUGCUGCGCCAGCAUUUUUUUUCCUUCGGAAUGUGCGUUUUGUACAUAUGUAUCUCUUGCACUGUUCAUUUGUGGUGGCUUGUGUGAAAAGACUUUUGUUAGGAAACUUGUCAUCUCUGUAUCAUAGUUUUGUAUUUACUUUAACGACAUUGCAAGGAAAGAUAUCAUUGUAAAUAGCACAGUAGCCCUCACGGGAUUAAAUAUGAUCUAACCAUUCAUUGAACAACA